AUGCCUGUGGGUGGCAGUGUCGGCGCUGUCGCCGCGAUUACAGAAAAUUCGGUUUGCAGUGAAGUGAGCAGUGGCCAGCUGGUGAGGUGCCGUACCAUUGUCGCGUUCAUUGGAAUUGCGGGAGUUACCUUGUCGACUUCAGAGGUGGAAGAUUAUUGCACUGAGUACCUGAGUGCAAAUGACAAGAAAUACUCUAGCGAAUGUGCUACCGGAAAGACUGGCAACAGGAGGGUCAAAGCUACUGCGACAAAUACCCAGUCGGAACGUCGUUUCUCUGGUUUCAUGGGAAAAUGCAAAGCGAUUACCCUCUACGCUUGA